AUGCGUUCUGGGGGCCGCGGGCGGCCCCGCCUGCGGCUCGGGGAACGUGGACUUAUGGAGCCACUCUUGCCGCCGAAGCGCCGCCUGCUACCGCGGGUUCGGCUCUUGCCUCUGUUGCUGGCGCUGGCCGUGGGCUCGGCGUUCUACACCAUUUGGAGCGGCUGGCACCGCAGGACUGAGGAGCUGCCGCUGGGCCGGGAGCUGCGGGUCCCGUUGAUCGGAAGCCUCCCCGAAGCCCGGCUGCGGAGGGUGGUGGGACAACUGGACCCACGGCGUCUCUGGAGCACUUAUCUGCGCCCCCUGCUGGUUGUGCGAACCCCGGGCAGCCCGGGAAAUCUCCAAGUCAGAAAGUUCCUGGAGGCCACGCUGCGGUCCCUGACAGCAGGUUGGCACGUGGAGCUGGAUCCCUUCACAGCCUCAACGCCCCUGGGGCCAGUGGACUUUGGCAAUGUGGUGGCCACACUGGACCCGAGGGCUGCCCAUCACCUCACCCUUGCCUGCCAUUAUGACUCGAAGCUCUUCCCACCCGGAUCGACCCCCUUUGUAGGGGCCACGGAUUCGGCUGUGCCCUGUGCCCUGCUGCUGGAGCUGGCCCAGGCACUUGACCUGGAGCUGAGCAGGGCCAAAGAACAGGCAGCCCCGGUGACCCUGCAACUGCUCUUCUUGGACGGUGAAGAGGCGCUGAAGGAGUGGGGACCCAAGGACUCCCUUUACGGUUCCCGGCACCUGGCCCAGCUCCUGGAGUCUAUACCUCACAGCCCCGGCCCCACCAGGAUCCAGGCUAUUGAGCUCUUUAUGCUUCUUGAUCUCCUGGGAGCCCCCAAUCCCACCUUCUACAGCCACUUCCCUCGCACGGUCCGCUGGUUCCAUCGGCUGAGGAGCAUUGAGAAGCGUCUGCACCGUUUGAACCUGCUGCAGUCUCAUCCCCAGGAAGUGAUGUACUUCCAACCUGGGGAGCCCUUUGGCUCUGUGGAAGACGACCACAUCCCCUUCCUCCGCAGAGGAGUCCCCGUGCUCCAUCUCAUCUCCACGCCCUUCCCUGCUGUCUGGCACACCCCUGCGGACACCGAGGCCAAUCUCCACCCACCCACAGUACACAACUUGAGCCGCAUUCUCGCCGUGUUCCUGGCUGAAUACCUGGGGCUCUAGCAUUCUCGGC